AUGCAUGCUAAUCGAAUGAUUGAGCCACCUAAUCAGAUACUUGAAUAUCUUAGAUUAGCUGGAUUUUAUGGUGUUGUGAGGGUAGGGCAAUUUGAUUACGACCGGAGUUUGGUCUCAGUCCUUGUUGAGAGGUGGCGUCCUGAGACUCACACAUUUCAUACUACACGUGGAGAGUGCACGAUAACAUUAGAGGAUGUUGCUAUACAGUUAGGCCUUCCUUGUGUAAGAAUGCCUGUCAUUGGGAAAACUGACUUUAAUUGGCAAGAUGUUUGUGAAUGGCUUCUAGGGGUUAGACCACCUGCAGAUAGAAUACUUGGACAACGACUACUUAUGAAUUGGUUGGAAGAGCACUUUAAUCACUUACCUGAUGAUGCAGACGAUGUACAAGUUCAACAAUUCACUCGUGCAUAUAUUCUCAGGUUGAUUGGAGGAUAUCUCAUGCCAGAUAGAUCAUGUACUAGGGUGUAUUUGAUGUACCUUCCACUACUUUAUAAUCUGGAAGAAGUUGGAAAUUUUAGUUGGGGUUCAGCAGUUUUAGCUCACCUGUAUAGAGAAUUAUGUAAUGCUACUAAUCCAACUGAAGAUGGGAUUGGAGGGUGCUUAUCAUUAUUACAUUUAUGGGCAUGGGAUCGUUUUCCUACGCUAGCACCACAACAACCUGUAUCUCCAGAUCCACAGUCUAAUAUCUACCCUCUCUUACCUCCUUUGGGUUUCAGAUGGAAAAAUGUAGGACAAAAUCCUCGUCCAAGUGUCACAUCCUUACGCCAAUAUAGGAGUCUUCUUGAUAGAAUGACCGAUGAUGACAUAAUUUGGCAGCCAUAUGAAUCUUCUGAAGUGCGCCAAUUGAUUCCAGAAUACUGCUUGGCAACACCUGAAAUUUGGCUUGCUUCAGUUCCUCUAAUAUGUUUUCAUAUUAUAGAAUGGCAUCACCCUGAUCGUGUACUAAGGCAAUUCGGUCGUCAACAACCUAUUCCUGUCAUGCCUGUUCAUUUAGGAAAUUACCAUACAAUACAACUACGUGGCAGAAUAAGCACAAAUUGGACUGAAGAAUACUCAAACUUCAUUGAAGCAUGGAAUAGAUGGCCACAUGCUGUUGUUGAUGCUCCUCUGGCACUUGGUGAACUUGAUCGAACAUCUGAGUACAUGCAAUGGUAUUGGAGACAUACAAGACGAUGGAUCCAACGUGUUAGUGGUGAUACUGGCUAUGUGGCUGACAUAGCAGAACAGUUAUAUAGGCUAACAAUUAAUUCUCGUUCAACAUGCUCUGAUUGCAUUGAUUAUCGAGAAAGAGUUGCUCGAGACUAG